AUGGCAUGGCAGCACCUCUUCGGUGUACGGCGUUAUGCCACCACCCGUCCCCCCCGGCCACCACCCACCCCCCCAGCCACCACCCGUCCCCCCCAGCCACCACCCACCCCCCCAGCCACCACCCGUCCCCCCCAGCCACCACCCACCCCCCCAGCCACCACCCGUCCCCCCAGCCACCACCCGUCCCCCCCAGCCACCACCUGUCCCCCCCAGCCACCACCCACCCCCCCAGCCACCACCUGUCCCCCCCAGCCACCACCCGUCCCCCCCAGCCACCACCCACCCCCCCAGCCACCACCUGUCCCCCCCAGCCACCACCCGUCCCCCCCAGCCACCACCCGUCCCCCCCGGCCACCACCCGUCCCCCCCAGCCACCACCCCCACCCCCCGGCCACCACCCCCCCCCCCCCGGGACCAACCACCCACCCCCCUGGCCACCACCCGUCCCCCCCGGCCAUCACCCACCCCCCCGGCCACCACCCACCCCCCCGGCCACCACCCACCCCCCGGCCACCACCCACCCCCCCGGCCACCACCCACCCCCCCCAGCCACCACCCACCCCCCCAGCCACCACCCCCCCACUGUAA